UUGCUAUUUUUUUGUUUGUUUGGAGACAGGGUCACUCUGUCGCCCAGGCUGGAGUGCAGUGCUGCGAUCUCGGCUCACUGCAACCUCUGCCUCCCAGGUUCAAGUGAUUCUCCUGCCUCAGCCUCCUAAGUAGCUGGGAUUACAGGCGCAUGCCACCACACCCAGCUAAUUUUUGUAUUUUUAGUAGAGACAGAGUUUCACCAUGUUGGCCAGGCUGGUCUCGAAAUCCUGACCUCAAGUGAUCCCUCCGCGUUGGUGUUACAUCUUUCAGUUCUAGAAAUGGACCUGAUCAAGAUUGCAAGGUUAAGGGGGAAAAUUCAAGAGCUGAGGACAUUAACAUUCUAGCGGGAAAAAACCACAAUGAGAAAUAAUAACUAUAUUUGGAGGAAGUGUAAGGAAAUAAUAAUGUCAGGAUUAUUAGUCUAUAACAAAUCUUGAUCUUAAUCCGUAUUUCUUGAUGUAUAACAAAGAACUUGGUUUAAGCACAAAAAGAAAAUUAGGGUGAUAAUUUAAAUUUUGAUCAAGUGAUUAGUAAGUAUUUCUUUAGGAGAUGAGAAAUCUAUAGAUCUAGAGAUGCAUGGUAUAAUAAAGUAUGGUAUACUUAUAUGAGUAUAAGUCUGUGAUUCACAAUUAGUAAUAGAUUGAUGGAGGUUUUGUUACUAUUUCCACAUGAUAAGAAACAAGAUUUGCUAAGCUGAUAGGACAAGGGAUAUUUGUAAAUUUCCUCCAUGUAAAUGAUUUGAAACAACAAAGUUUUAAGUGAUGUGGAAGAGCCCAUCUAUUUUCAAACAAUGGAUUGAAAUGUAGUUUUUGUAACCCUCUAAGUACUUCUGGCCUCAUAGUUUUUUUUUUUUUUCCCCUACUCAGGUCAUAUUGAAAGUAAUAAAAUUGUGUUUAUGAUUUUAAAAGUUUAUAUUGGCUUUCAUUUAAUUAGUCUGAGUUACUUUAGUUUUAUAUAUUUUGAAGAUGUUCCAAAACCCUUGACUUUAAAUACUGUAUAGCUUUCCAUUGUUCAUGAUGGGAAAACAUUUCUUUAGGCCAAAGGAAAUUGAGAAUCCAACUUGCAUAGAUAGUCAGUUUAUUACUAUUAUUUAUUUAAAGAUUUAUCUUUUUACUUGCCUGGGGACCAAUGAAGCAUCCACUGACGCUCCUAAACUGGAGAAGGUAUCUUCUAAUCUCCUUUUGGUCAGAUGAGUUCUUGCUAAUUUGGCUGAUACGUAUGUUGAACAAAUGUAAUACAGUAAUUGUGGGUGUUGUAACUGUAGUUUUAUGAAGUUUUUUGGUUGCCAGGGUGUAUCUUUCCCUUCUCUCUUGACAAGCCUUUCUAUUUGGCCUACCUGCUUUCAUAAUUUAUUCUUAAGUUCUACUCUAUUUCCCAAUCAUUGCACAUGUUGGUUUAUGUAACCAAACCUGAUUUUAGUAUAUGCUAUUAGGACAUACACGUGGAGAAGAAUGGAGGAAACUUUUUAUUAAAUGUUUUUAAUUGUUGAAACACUUAAGUAAAUGUGAUUUUUAAAGAGUCAUAGUUAUUAAAGGUAUUGUAUUCAUUAUUUUUUAUUCCUUCAUUCAGCAAAGACAGCAACUACUUUGGUGCUAGGUCCUUAACUUUUCUUUAAGGACUUACAGUAUUGCAUGGACUUCAUAAACAACACCAAAAUACAAUGGGAUAAACAUUAUAAUUAGUCGUUCACAUAGUAUAGUGGGGGAUAGAGAAAACUGUGUGCGAGGUUUGAGGAGAUUCAGAGAAGGCUUUAUGGAGGAAUUUUCAUCUGAAUUGAAGUUUGAAAGUGAGUAGGAAUUAGUUGAUGAGGUUAGAGGAUAAGGCAUUCUGGGCACAAGAAAGCAGUGAGGACAAAUAGAUAGCUUAGAAACAGGACAUAGACCCUUAAUGUGUUAAGAUAGAGAAUAGAGAGAUGAACUUUAAAAAGUAAACAAGGGGUAAAUAAUGAAAGUUCUCUUCCACACCAUGUUAGCCAUUUUGAGCUUUAAUCUGGAGGCUAUGGUGAUCCAUGAGUAAUAGAUUUUAAGUGGAAGAAAGUUAACAUCAGUUUCAUGAGGCAAUGUGAGGAAUGAAUUGUAGUGGGGUAAGGCAGACAUUUGCAUUACAUAUGACAGAACUCCGAAAAUGCAGUGCUGCUGGAGAGAAGAGGAUGAAUUCCAGAUAUAUUAAGGUGAUUGAAUUAGUGGCCAGAUGGAUGUAGGGGAUGAAGGAGUGAUGGAGUCAAGGAUACCUCCUAGGUUUAUGACUUCCUGAGAUAGGAAUCACAUGAGCAAUAUCAGAUAUAUGGGGAGAAUAAGAUCAGUAGUCUUGGACAUGGGUUUGGGUCACACAGUUGGUGCUGUUCAGUGGGCAUUUGGCUGCUUUGGUCUGGAGAUAAAGAGAGGGUUCUAGGCUGGAGAUAGAGAUUAGGAUGCUAUCAAUUUAUAGGUAGUUAAAACAAUGUGAGAAUGGAUGAUGCCUAAGAGAGUUUGUAGAAUAAGAAAGAAUAAAGCAGAAGGGAAACGCUGGGAAACACCACCCUGUAGGAAAGAUGACCCAGUGAAAAAGACAGAAGGAACAGCCUAAUGACAGUGGAUGUCUAGAAGAUAAGGAGGGAGAGAAUCCAACAAGAAGAGACUGGUCAGAUGCCAUAGGGAAUAGGAGAAAGAGCUAACUACAGUUUUUGGAAGGUUUCCCAGAUAGGCCAGGAUCAUUAAUUUGUAAUAAUACUAGUUCAUAUGAUUCUGUGACUUUUGGCAGCAAAAUUCACUAGAACCAGAGAUGCUAAAUAGUUGGAUUGAUACAGUAUUUGGAUUUUGUUACGUGCGUAUGGUAAGAUUGCAAAGGAGUUGAAACUAUUGGUGAAAGAAUUGUCAGAGUGAUGGAAUGUGAAGUUUAGACUGGAUAGGGAUGAGGAUAGAGCCAGGAGGAGCUGAAAGAUUGAGAUAACAUAAUUGGUUCAAAGGAUUAAAAGUCUGGAUGAAGUAAAUAUACAAGUGUUUGUAGCUAAAAGGGAGAUAAUGAAAAGGAUAGAAAUCCUCUGGUCAGAGUAGAAUAUUGGAAUUUAAGAUUUUUAGGGUGCAGAUGGCUUGUAGGGUUUGGCUGUGGAUAUAGAUGGUAGAAAUGGAGGUGUUCAGGAACAAUGAGACUGGUGGUGCAUUCGAUGAAUUGCUCACCCAGAUGACUGUAGAUGACUGUGGUACCCAGGGAGGAAGGGUAGAAUGUGAUCCUAAUUUCUGAGGUUUAGAUUGCCUAUGGUGGUGAUCACUAUAGAUGAGAGAUGAAGAUACUUAGAUGUUAUGCCCUCAAAAGUACAGGGGGUGGGGGUGGGAUGGGGUAAGUGGUCUGGAAACAUUCUUCUGGGCCUUGGGACUUGGAAGGAUGAUUAGCCUUUACUGAUGGGGGCCACCAAAGAAGGGGAGUUUAGUUUCUAUUAGGCCUAGGAGGUAUGGGGAGCAUCUAGUGAAGAGGCUGAGGAUAUAAGAAAGCUUAUUGACUAUGGUGUCAGUGUAAAAGCUUGGGAAGGAGUGAGAGAGCGAGGAAAGAUUAUUUAGAGGAGAAGAUAGGUUAGAAAGAGCUUAGAUUUGGGUAUAAGGGUGACAGUGCUUCUCUGAAGCAUAUGGCUAGCUUUUAGUAGUUGGGACUUUAAAUUUUGAUGAAGCUUUCUGUUGUUAACGUUUACCCAUCAAGUCAUUGUAGUUUCUGUCAGAGUAGGACAGUUGGCAUAGUACUGUUUCUAAAUUUAAAAAUAACAUAUAUGUCUCCAGUGAAUAUUUGUGUUAUCUGUUGGAGAAAGGAUGGACAGUGUGGCCUGUUUGCUUUGAUGUACCUUUUCCUGGUCUUUGAACUCCCAAAAUACUUUUGCAAAUACAUUUCAUCAUGUGUGCCAAUUCUUAUCUAUUGGUAGGAUUAGGAAGUUAUGUUGAGUAUUUUUAGGUCAAUUCUGGGCCCAGAGGUAUAGGAAAUGCCUUAAUGUGAAUGGCAAUUGCCAUGAAUGUGGGAGGUUGGCAUACCUGCAUUUACCUAAGAUUGCCAUCUGUUAUUUUCUGACCUAGAGUCUGUUUCUAAGGACAGCUCCUCACUUAUGCACUAGGUCUUAUUCCUUUUACCUUCCGAAGGAUUUGGCUCCAGCAUCUCUCUCUCUGAACAUUGCAUUUCCCCUUAUUACUAGAUUAUUCUGUUCAUUAUGCAAGUAUGCUGGUAUUUUUCCAUUUUAAAAUAAUAGCUUUUGACCCCAUUCCUGCUUAAGCCACUGCACAAUUUAUUUGUUACCCCUUAUGGUAUAACUAUAAUCCUGUCCAAUUUCUUUCCUUCUAUUCUUUCUUAAACCCACUUUAAUCAGGCUUUCUCCCUCACCUCUAUCAAAAAAUUAUUUGUUACUAAAAGUAACUUAUCUAAGAAGUUACUUUUCUAAAAGUGACUUUAUUUUUCAUCUAGAGACAGAGUCUUGCUCUGUUGCCCACUCUGAAGUGCAGUGGUGUGAUCAUAGCUCGCCACAGCCUUGAACUCCUGGGCUCAAGUGGUACUUCUGCCUUGCCUCCUGAGUAGCUAGAACUGCAGAUAUGUGCCACCAUACCUGGCUAAUUUUUCUAUUUCUUGUAGCGGUGGGGGUCUUACCAUGUUGCUCAGGCUGUUUUGAACUUCUGGCCUCAAGCAAUCCUCCUGCCUGGGCCCAGAGUGCUGGGAUUAUAGGUGGAGGCACCAUGCCUGGCCUGUCAUUUUCCUAAAUCUAAAGGUCUGUUCCAAAUUUUUACCUCUCAGUUGACCUGUCAGCAUUUUUUUUUUUUUUUUUUUUUUGAGACAGCUAGUCACUCUCUGCUUCUUUAUUUUUAUUUUUGAGACAGAGUCCCACUCUGUCGACCAGGCUGGAGUGCAGUGGCGUGACCUCGGCUCACUGCAACCUUCAUCUCCUGGGUUCAAGUGAUUCUUCUGCCUUAGCCUCCUGAGUAGCUGGGAUUACCGGCAUGUGCCACCACACCCAGCUAAUUUUUGUAUUUUUAGUAGAGAUGGGGUUUCACCACGUUGGCCAGACUGGUCUUGAACUCCUGACCUCAAGUGAUCCACCCGCCUCGGCCUCCCAAAGUGCUGGGAUUACAGGUGUGAGCCAUGGUGCUGGCCCAAUCUCUGCUUCUUAAAACACUUUCUUCCCUUAUUAGCAAAAAUACCACAAUUCCUUGUUUUCCUCCUACGUCAUUGUCCCUUUUUAGACUCCUUUACUGGUUCUUCCUUAUCUCCCUGAUAAGAGUGCUGUUAACAUUGGAGUGCUUCAGGGCUCAGUCAUUAGACCUUAUACUUCUGGAUCAUAUCAUUCAGCCUUUAAAUAGUAGCAUUAUUAUUAAUUAAUUAAUUUUAUUUUAUUAUUAUUUUUUGAGAUGGAGUCUUGCUCUGUCCCCCAGGCUAGAGUGCAGUGGCGUCAUCUCAGCUCACUGCAAGCCGUACCUCUCGGGUUCCGCCAUUCUCCUGCCUCAGCCUCCUGAGUAGCUGGGACUACAGGUGCCCGCCACCAUGCCCAGAUAAUUUUUUGUGUUUUUAGUAGAGACGGGUUUCACCGUGUUAGCCAGGAUGGUCUCGAUUUCCUAACCUCGUGAUCUGCCCACUUCGGCCUCCCAAAGUGCUGGGAUUAUAGGCGUGAGCCACCAAGCCCGGCCAAUUUAUUUUUUGAGAUGGAGUCUCCCUCUGUCACCCAGGCUGGAGUGCACUGGCACGAUCUCGGCUCACUGCAACCUCUGCCUCCCGGAUUCAAGCGAUUCUCCUGCUUCAGCCUCUUGAGUAGCUGGGACUACAGGUGCGCACUACCACACCAGGCUAAUUUUUUUAUUUUUAGUAGAGACGUUGGCCAGGCUGGUCUCAAAAAAUCCACCCGCCUUGGCCUCCCAAAGUACUGGGAUUACAGGUGUGAGCCACGGCACCUGGCCUAAAUAUUAGCUUUAAAUACUAGUAAUACCCUACUAGCUUCCAAAUUUAUAUUUUCAGCCUGGCCUUCCCUUGAACUCCUGACUCCGUAUAUCCAGUGCCUACUCAGCAUUUUCUGUUUGGAUGACUAAUAUAUAUUUCAAACUAAACUCUGAAAUUUCCUUUUUUACCUAUAAUCUUUCCUAUUUCAGUUAACAGAAACUCCAUCCUUUUUAUGACAUAGGCUAAAAACCUGAGUAUCAUCCUUGACUCUUCUUUAUCUCACAAUCUAUAUAUAUAUACUGUUACUUUGGAAAGUGUGUUGGCUAUACCUUCACAAUGUAUUUAGAAUCCAAGUACUUGUCACUACCCACUGCUAUCACCCUAGUCUAAGCCCCCAUUGUUUAUGUCCCGAUCUUGCAGUAGCCUCUAUAUUAGUUAUCCAUUGUUACCUACUCCCAACAUUUUGUGGCUUAAACCAACAGUUAUGUAUUAGUUUGUGAUUCUGUGGUUGGCAGCUUAGGUUGGACUUGGGGUAGAUGUGGGGCAGCUCUUUUGCUGGUCUUGCCUGUGGUCACUCAUGUAGUGAUCGGCACUGGUAGGUUUGGCGGCCUCAGCUGAGAUGGCUUAUCUCUGCUCUACGUGGUCAGUAAACUAUCUCAUGUUUAUGUUUCUUUACGUGGUGGUUUAAUGGAAGCAAGAUAACAAGAGGAAACUAUGUGGCCUUUUGAGGCCGGGACUUAGAACUUCUACAGCUUCACUUUCCCUGCUGUUGGUGAGAGCAGGUCACCAGGUCAAGCCAGAUGAAGGGGACAGAAAAUUAGUCUACUUUUUUUUCUGAGGGGUGCAGCAAACUCACUUUGUAAAGCAGUUUGUAUACAGAGAUUGGGAGCAAUUGGAGGCCAUUUUUUGCAAACUGUCCUGGCCUUCUAACGGAUUGCUUCUAUCUUUCCCCUUACAGUAUUGUCAGAACAGCAGCCAGCGUGAUUUUAUAAAAACGUGAGUUAGAUCUCCUCUCUGCCCCAAACUCUCCAGUGGCUUCCCGUUGCCACCCAAAGUAAAAGGCAGUCUUGGGAUUGUCCUGUGAGGCUUGCCAUGAUCUGACCCAUUUGUUGCCUCUCCAACUCCAUUUACAACCACUCUCUCUCUCUUGCUUAAUCUGCUCAAAUGAGCCUCUGCUGUUCUUCAGACAUCUGAGGCAUGCUUUCACCAUGGCAUUGGCACUGCUACUCUUUCCGCCUAGAAUCUUCUUUUCUGAGAUGACAAAACUGCUCUUUUACUCCCCUUCAGGCUACUCGAGCACUUCCUCAGCCUUUCCCUGACCAUCCUUUUAAAAAUAGAAACCUCUCUAAUACUGUCUAUCCUCCACCCUGGUUUACUUUUAUCCAUAGCACUUAUCUUCAGAAAUGCUAUGUAAUUUACUAUUUUGCUUAUUCUUGUCUUCCCUCUACUAGGAAUGUAAUCUAUAAGGGCAGGGAUUUUUCUCUGUAUUCCCAGUGCUUAGUAUAGUGUCUGAUACAAGGUAGGCAUCUCAUAAAUAUUUCUUGAAUGGAGGAAUGAAAGGUACUGCAACCUUUUUCAGGAUUAGGUAUCUCUUCCAUUCAUUAUGGAAAAGCUCUGGACCAUUAUCUGAGGAAAUUCCUGGUCUCCUUUGCAAGUACGUUUGCAAUCACUAUUUAUUUAUUUAUUUAUUUAGAUGGAAUCUUGCUCUGUUGCCCAGGCUGAAGUGCAGUGGCACGAUCUUGGCUCACUGCAACCUCUGCCUCCUGGGUUCAAGUGAUUCUCGUGCCUCGGCCGCCCAAGUAGAUGGGAUUACAGACCAUCAAGGAAAUUUCCAUCCACACAGAUUAGCAGUUGAAAAUGAAGCUGCCCACAUACAUGUAAGAGAAGCAAAAAUGUCAGAUGAUAUCAGGAAAAGGUUUGAAUUUCCAAAUUCUCUUAUCCAAUCACAGGCUGUGGGUCAUCUUAUUGCUGCAGUCCUAAAGGAAAAUGGUUUUUCAGAAAAGAUUCACCAAUCUACAAAUCAGACUCCUGCUUUGAACUUGCUGUGGGAGAAGUGUUGCAGUGACAAUGUAGUGGUUCGAACAGCCUGCUGUGAAGGUCUGGUGGCACUCGUUGCUCAGGAUCAUGCAGAGUUCAGCUAUGUUCUCAAUGGGAUACUCAACUUGAUUCCAUCAACCAGAAAUACACAUGGCUUGAUAAAAGCCAUUAUGCAAUUACUACAAAUGCAAGCUCUUAAGGAAGGACAAGGUGGGGAAAAGAAUAUUCAGAGUAUAUAUACCAUUAGAAAUCAUCCUCAUCCUUUGAUCACUGUGCUUGAACACAGACCUGAUUGCUGGCCAGUGUUUUUGCAGCAGCUGACAGUGUUUUUCCAGCAAUGCCCUGAAAGGUCAGAAGUUUCAUGCAUUCAAAUAAUGGCACCAUUUCUGUGGUAUCUGUAUUGUGAACCAUCUCAGUUACAAGAAUAUGCUAAACUCCGACUAGCCCUGCUGAAAGUCUUACUUCAACCCCAGGUUCUUUGUGACAAAGAUCAACCAUCAAUACUGGAACAGCAGAUAGUUCAGCUGUGUUGUGACAUAGUUCCAUGUUUGCAGAUAAAAGAUUUGAUACAGACAACAGAGGCGAUGAUGUUUAUUGAGGAAGUAUAUUUAAGCCUUUUGCGUCAUCCUGUUUUCUGGAAAAUUCAGCUUACCCAGAUGAGUCUUCAGCUGCUGUGUGUCAGUGAAGUCAGCUUAAAGAUAACUGGUGAAUGUUCAUCUUCAAUUCACCUUUUAGAGCACAGUGUUGAACUUCUGAAGGAGGAUUUUCCUGUUGAACUGGUCAUAAUUGGAAUAGCUUUACUACUUCUACAGACUCCAGCAAGUCAGCAGAAGCCAAUCUUAAAUCUAGCUUUGAAGCUCCUCUCUGUUACUGAGGAUGAGAAAAUCCCAAAGUCCUCUCUGCUGCUAGUGAUGCCAAUUCUGCAGAUACUAUCUUCUACUGCCUUGGAAGACUGUAUAUCUGUGGAUGAAGAAGGUCCCUCUAGGCAGCAGUUGGCUCUAAACCUUUUGGAAAUGAUACAGCAGGAAUGUUACAGAGAUGACCACCAAAAGCUCUCCUACAAGCUUGUGUGCCCUGUAACCAGUAUGUAUGGUACAAUAUUUACAGCCUGGAGGAUUCUUGAAGUAAUGACAGACUCGUCUGCUGCAAGUGACUGGUUGGCUUCAGUAGAGUCAUUGCUUCCUAUUACUGCUGUGAUCCCUGUGCCUGCCUUUCUUCUGCUGGCUCACCUCCUUGUUGAAGACAAAGGACAAAAUCUUCACCAAAUACUCAAGGUCACUACAGAAUUAGCCCAAGCAGAUUCCUCCCAGGUGCCAAAUCUGAUUCCAGUUUUGAUGUUCAAAUUGGGAAGACCACUGGAACCUAUAUUAUAUAAUGAUAUAUUGUAUACUUUGCCUAAGCUUGGUGUUCACAAGGUGUGUAUAGGACAAAUUCUACGAGUAAUACAACUACUUGGAACCACACCACGACUAAGAGCUGUCACUUUGCGCUUGCUGACAUCUUUGUGGGAAAAGCAGGACCGAGUCUAUCCUGAACUGCAGCGUUUCAUGGCUGUGUCUGAUGUACCUUCUCUUUCGGUGGGCAAGGAAGUCCAAUGGGAGAAACUGAUUGCAAAAGCAGCAUCAAUCAGAGAUAUAUGUAAGCAGAGGCCAUAUCAACAUGGUGCAGAUAUGUUGGCAGCUAUUUCUCAAGUGUUGAAUGAAUGCACUAAGCCUGAUCAAGGUACUCCAGCAGCCUUGGUAUUACAGGGUCUUCAUGCACUCUGUCAAGCUGAGGUUGUUUGCAUUCGCUCCACUUGGAAUGCUCUCUCUCCAAAGCUGAGUUGUGACACAAGACCUCUCAUUCUGAAGACACUGAGUGAACUAUUUUCUCUAGUUCCUUCCUUAACGGUCAAUACAACUGAAUAUGAGAAUUUUAAAGUUCAAGUCCUCAGCUUCCUCUGGACUCAUACUCAAAACGAGGACCCAAUUGUAGCAAAUGCUGCAUAUAGAUCCCUGGCCAACUUUAGUGCAGGAGAACACACCAUUCUUCAUCUGCCUGAAAAGAUAAGACCAGAAAUUCCCAUUCCUGAAGAAUUAGAUGACGAUGAAGAUGAUGAGGAUGUGGAUCUUUCAGUUCCUGGCUCUUGCUAUCUCAAACUGUUGUCACUCACUCCCCCUUUGGUUUUACCAGCUUUGGAGGAAUUUUUUACAUCACUUGUGAAGCAAGAAAUGGUGAAUAUGCCUCGUGGGAUAUAUCACUCUGCAUUAAAAGGAGGUGCCCGCUCAGACCAAGGAAAGACUGUAGCAGGAAUCCCCAAUUUUAUAUUGAAAAUGUAUGAAACAAACAAGCAACCAGGACUGAAACCUGGCCUUGCAGGUGGUAUGUUAUUUUGCUAUGAUGUUUCCAUGUAUCAGAGUAAAGAUGGAAAACCAUUGAACAGACUGAUGGCCAGCAGAGGGCGAAGUUUCAAGCAGACUUCACUUGCUCUUGUACAUGAGGUUCAUAUCCAGCUUUCAGAGUGGCACCGUGCGAUUUUUCUUCCACAGGCCUGGCUUGCAUACAUGAAUCGAGCUUAUCAUGCCAUUUUACAGGGAAGACUAGGAGAGCUGGAGUUGCAGUUAAAACAUGGAAAAGAAGAACCUGAGGAGGUGCAGUACAAAAAAAGCACAGCCUGGCUCUGGGUUAGAGACAUGCUGACUGAUGAGAUCACCAAGGCAGCUGCAAAGGAGAGUCCGGUAGUGAAAGGCAAUGCGCUGUUAGCUCUAAGCAGCCUUGCUGUCGUCGUAUCUAGACAUGAAGCCAGCCUCUCCUCAGACUCUGACGGGCUCCUGGAGGUUCAACCUAAUUUCCUUUCAAUGAAAGAUUGGGUUUCCAUGGUACUUGAUACACUCUUGGUCAUUGUGGAUAGCCAUUACCAACCCAGAGGGCAACUUCUCUCCUGGUUUUAUUAUAAGUCCUAUUCUGGUGAAAACACAGCUAGUGCCAUUGCCCGUUCUGCUGCCGCCACGGCUUUGUCUCUCCUUGUGCCAGUUUUCAUUAUCUCUUGCAAAGAGAAGGUUGAGGAAAUCCUGAACAUGCUGACUGCCAGGUUACCUGGGAAACCAAGUGCUGAUGAGUCUCAAGCCGUGCAAAUCCACAUGGGCCUUGCUUUAGGGAUGUUUCUCUCUCGCUUGUGUGAAGAGAAACUCAGUGAUAUAUCUGGCCAAGAGAUGAACCUUCUUCUGAUGAAGUCGUUGGAUGCCCUGGAAAAUUGCUGCUUUGACACUAGUCUUGAAUACAACACGGGCUGUAUAUUGGGAGUUGGACUUGUUCUGUCCCUCAUGAGCCACAGCAGCCAAAUGCAGUCCCGCGUUCACGUAGCGGCAUUGCUCCGGAAGCUGUCUGCGCACCUAGAUGACAGCGGGAGCCGGAGCAGAACGUUUCAGGAGGUCCUUGCCUACACACUUAGCUGUGUAUGUACAUCAGCGUUCAGUGCUGGAAUUAUUGAGGCUACAGAGGCUGAGGAUGUUAUGAACAAGCUUCGACUGUUAGUGGAGAAUAGCCAGCAGACUUCAGGUUUUGCCCUGGCUUUAGGAAACAUAGUUCAUGGAUUGUCUGUGUGUGGACAUGGAAAAGCUGAAGACUUGGGCAGCAAACUACUCCCUGCCUGGAUCAGAAUUGUUCUAACAGAGGGCACUCCCACAAUGCUUUGUCUGGCAGCUCUUCAUGGCAUGGUGGCCUUGGUAGGCUCUGAAGGGGAUGUAAUGCAGCUGAAAUCAGAAGCCAUCCAGACCUCUCAUUUUCAAGGCAGACUUAAUGAAGUCAUUAGAACCUUAACUCAGGUCAUUAGUGUCUCUGGGGUGAUUGGUCUCCAGUCAAAUGCAGUCUGGCUUCUUGGACAUCUUCAUCUAUCUACUCUAUCCUCAAGUCAAAGUAGAGCCUCUGUUCCUACUGACUAUAGCUAUUUGCCUGAAAGCAGUUUUAUUGGAGCAGCUAUUGGCUUCUUCAUUACAGGAGGAAAAAAAGGUCCUGAAUCUGUGCCUCCUUCCCUUCUUAAAGUAGUGAUGAAACCCAUAGCAACUGUUGGAGAAAGCUACCAAUAUCCUCCUGUGAACUGGGCUGCACUUCUGUCUCCACUUAUGAGGCUAAAUUUUGGUGAAGAGAUCCAGCAACUGUGCCUUGAAAUUAUGGUGACCCAGGCACAGUCAUCCCAGAAUGCAGCUGCACUAUUGGGCUUGUGGGUGACACCACCACUGAUCCACAGUCUGAGUCUGAAUACCAAGAGAUAUCUCCUGAUAUCUGCACCUCUGUGGAUAAAACACAUCUCUGAUGAACAGAUCCUGGGUUUUGUUGAAAAUUUAAUGGUGGCAGUUUUUAAAGCAGCUUCCCCACUUGGAAGUCCUGAGCUAUGCCCAAGUGCUUUACAGGGUCUGAGCCAGGCCAUGAAACUGCCCAGCCCUGCCCACCACCUCUGGAGUCUGCUCUCUGAAGCUACUGGGAAAAUUUUUGACCUCCUGCCAAAUAAGAUUCGGAGAAAGGAUCUAGAGCUGUAUAUCAGCAUAGCAAAAUGCCUCUUAGAAAUGACAGAUGAUGAUGCCAAUCGGAUCGCCCAGGUUACUAAGAGCAACAUAGAAAAAGCUGCCUUUGUCAAACUGUACUUAGUCUCUCAAGGACGAUUCCCCUUGGGGAACCUGACCGAUAUGCUGAGCGUUGCUGUGCAUCACCGUGAGAAAGAGGUGUUGGCCUGGAUGAUUCUGCACAGCUUAUACCAGGCACGCAUUGUGAGCCAUGCCAAUACGGGCGUUUUGAAGAGAAUGGAGUGGCUCUUGGAACUGAUGGGUUAUAUUAGAAAUGUUGCUUACCAGUCAACAUCCUUUCACAAUACGGCUCUUGACGAGGCUUUGGACUUCUUCUUACUGAUAUUUGCAACCGCAGUGGUUGCAUGGGCCGACCACACUGCCCCUCUCCUCCUCGGUCUCAGUGCCAGUUGGUUGCCAUGGCAUCAGGAGAAUGGCCCGGCUGGGCCAGUACCAAGCUUCCUUGGCAGGAGUCCAAUGCACAGGGUCACUCUGCAGGAGGUUCCCACUCUCCUUCCCAAUAGCAUGGCUCUGCUGCUGCAGAAAGAGCCAUGGAAGGAACAGACCCAGAAGUUCAUUGACUGGCUAUUCAGCAUCAUGGAAAGCCCUAAAGAAGCCCUCUCAGCAAAGUCCAGGGAUCUUUUGAAAGCCACCCUGCUGUCCUUGAGAGUUCUCCCAGAGUUUAAGAAGAAAGCUGUAUGGACCAGAGCAUAUGGUUGGUGAACAGUUUUGCAGUAACCAGCAGCAUUCUCAGCUGGAUGAGGAAAACCAUAUAAGUGGAAGAAGUUUUUCAGAAUUCAUGCCUGGUAUUGCUGAGACAUGAUGCAGAGAGUUAAGGGUCAUGAAAAGGUGGCCACAUCACUGACAGCUUGACACAUGCCUCCUAAGAGAGGAGUGCAUUGCUUUAGUACCCGGGCCAGUUGAGACUGAAACAGGAACUUGGAUUUUCUUUAUUUGGCUAGAGUUCAAUGUGGAGAUUUUCUUUGUGAAAACUUGAAGAUAUUAUCUUCUCCCUGCUAAAUUCCAGUAAAAUAAUGUUGUCAA